UGGAGCAAGCCACUUGGUUAGCUCAACUUUUUGUUUAUCGCGCCCUUCGGAGAUAAGAAGAUAUAUCUUCUUCCAUUUACAAAAAAAGAGAACGAAAAGAUGUCUAUGCACCAGCUUCUUUUGUACUCACUCUGCCUGUGGGCCGUGUUCGUGUUUUGUGCCCCAACUCCCAGUGAAUCGCGUCGCGUGAUCUUCCUCAAACCGAAUGGCAUCCAUCGUGGACAGAUUUUGGCCACACAUGGCAUGGAGAAGUCGUGCCCCAAGUGCCAUAUGCUGGAUCAUCGUGGCCAUUGCCGGCGCAUCAUCUCCUACAAUGCAGAUGGCGUGCGCUGCUGAAAGUGAUACGAAGUGAAUCCAAUCGUCGAACGAAUCUCGCACUCUCUCAACCAACUUUAUUUAUUUAACCUAUUUAUCUGCCUCGCACGCUAUAUAUAAUAUUUUAAUA